ACUCGCUUGAGGAACGUGAACAUACGAGACAAGAAGGAGGCCAUUGACGAAGCAGAUUAUCGUGUCAUUUUGCUUUAUUUGUCUUCUUGGUCAUUGUAGAACAUUCCCACAUAUUUAAAUUGUGUCAAACAUUGUAAUAACUUUCAUAGAUAACCAAGAAGGGAUACUUUACGUUUAAAAUUAUUUCAGUACAACCAUGUCUUGAAAUUGAAACGGUUGCGUUGCCGAACCCAUCCGGACCUCAAUUUGUGGUGAAAAUAAGGACGGAAAAACAGUUGGAACUCAGUUUGUAUUUGUACUUAAUGUAUUAAGUUGCUUAUGUCAAAAUAGAGUACAUUAUGUGUAUGUUUGAUGCUAAAUUUGCGACAAGAGCCAGACGCUGAGGAAGAGCUUGUGAACGGGACACAGACAAAAUGGCGCACAUGUGUUGAACAAUGAACUUACUCCUGGUCGUGAAAUUCCACCAGUUUGUUUUCUUCAUGUUUGUUUGAAUUGGUGAGGAGUUGCAAAGAUGUCAACAGUACACUACAAGUUCAAGAGUAGUCUUGAAUACCAGUCUGUAACCUUUGAUGGCAUCCACAUAUCACUUGGGGACCUGAAAAAGGGAAUCAGCCAUCAGAAAAGAUUGAAACCUGGAGAGUAUAACUUAGUGAUCACCAAUGCCCAAACGAGAGAAGUUUACAAGAAUGAUGAUGAACUCAUACCAAAGAACUCAUCAGUGAUAGUGUCCAGGAUUCCUGUGGCUGCCACUACAACCACUAACAGUACCAGUAAAGCAUGGGAGCAGUUCAAGCAGGAUUGUGCCAAAGCAAUCCAGAAAGAGAAGGCCAAAGAGAUGAUGUCAUUAGAUCAGCUCAGAAAUACGGCUGAUCUUGUAAAUGCUCGAGCCACAGAAAUGGACAAAAUAAAGGCAGCCAUAAACCAAUCCACCAGAGAUUUUGAUCCAUCCAACUAUGCCAAGUCGAAGCUGCCUACCGGUACCCCACCCAACACUUACACCUGUUACAAGUGUGGAAAGCCUGGUCACUUCAUCCAUGCAUGCCCUCUCAAAGAUUCAGAGACGCCUGGAGUGAUAGAACCACGAUUUAAGAGAAGUACAGGCAUUCCCAACAGUUUCCUGACCCUGACGGACGACCCCACUCAGCCAGGAGCACUGCUGACCCACACAGGACACUUUGCUGUCCCCACUCUUGAUGCGACGGCAUACAAGAUUGGGAAGAAAGAGCGGCCCCCAUUUCUGCCCGAGCCGAAGAAGGAAAUUGUGGAGCCCCAGCAGCCUCGGAUACCCCCAGCCCUGCAAUGUCCCCUCUGUAAGGAGCUGCUGAGGGAUGCUGUUGUCACCCCAUGCUGUGGAAACAGUUUCUGUGAUGAAUGUAUAAGAAAUGCCCUGCUUGAGACAGAUGAUCAUGAAUGCCCUGUGUGUCACGAAACAGAUGUAUCACCAAGUCAACUCAUUCCAAACAAAUUCCAUCGUGAUGCUGUCAGCAAAUUCGUCAAUGAAAGCAGUCACAAUCCAGUGAAAUCUGAAAGGCAUGCUCCUCCAAAUCAGGCUCCAAGACAACCACCGAUUGCUCCACCUCAUAUACACCCAGGGCCACCACCGAUUGGACCACCACGUAUACAGACCGGGCCUCCUCCACCAAUUGGACCACCACGUAUACAGACUGGGCCUCCUCCACCAAUUGGACCACCACGCAUACAGACGGGGCCUCCUCCACCUAUAGGACCUCCACAUAUACAAACUGGGCCCCCACCGGCACACAACAUUCACCCCCCACUCAUGUCCAGGACAGAUACCCCUCCAUCAAAUGUUGCCCCAGUACCACAAGUGCCGCCAUCCCAGACCUCAGUGCCUCCACCAACACAACCACCACCUGCCAUGGUGCCAGUGGAGCCACGCCCACCACCACAGGUGGCAAUGGUUAAGUCGGAGCCACCUGACAGUGCAAGAGGGAGUCUGUCACCUGGUGAGCACCCAUCUACUCCCACUAGAGAUGAAAAUUCCCAGUCUGCUGCUUCUGAUGAAGAACCUCGGGGUAUGGCUGUGCAGGUUGUGGGAACCAGAAUUGGUAACUCCAUACAACUUACAGCAUCAGACGCCAGCAACGAUUUUGAUCGUGGUACCAAUCACAGGAGGGGCAGACAUUACGAUGGUAGAGACGACAGGGACAGGAAAUACAACCGACACGACAGGCCAGACCACUUUUCAAGGAAGGACAACUACCACAGAGGCAACUAUGAUCAACCCCUCCCCAGAGAAGCAGCAUCUGGCCCUCCAGGCCCCCCUACCCAUAUCCCUCCAGUGAAGAGUGAACCCACUCCCUUCCCACCUUUCCCUGGCCACCCUGGCCCACCCCCCUCUAUGAAUGUCCCUCCCCCAGGGUUUGGAAUGCCACCAAGGAUUCCUCCAACAGGACCCCCACCAGCCCCUAUCCCAGUCCUGGGCCACUCAUCAGGAGGCUUCCCCCCUAGUGUUUUCCCCUCAUCGGGAAUACCCCCUAGCUUCCCUCCUCCAUUGAAGCCCCUCUCAGAGGCUGAGUUCUACAAAGAGAAGGCCAGACUCCUGCAGCAGAGUCUGCCUGUCCCAGCCCCAAGACCACGCCGUGACAUGAUGGAUGACUUUACCCAGGAGUUGCUGGCAUAUAGCAAAGAUCAGAGGAGAAGGAAAAUUAGCAGAUCAAAGUCCAGGACAAAAUCAAAAUCAAGAUCCCGUUCCAGAUCUAGAAGUAUUUCAAGAAAAAUCAGAAGAUCUCACUCAAGGUCCCGGUCAAAGUCUUGGGUUCGGUCCAGGUCUAGAUCCAGAUCACGAUCGAGGUCCAGAAAUAGGAAGUUGUCACGGUCCAGAUCAAGGUCACUAAGACGAUCCAGAUCCAGAUCUUUGCGUAGCAGACUUAGAUCAAGGACUCGGUCCAGGACCAGAAGUCCGAGGCGGUCUCGGUCAAGGUCUCCACGCUUAAGAUCUCGGACAAGAUCACCUCGAUCAAGAACCAGGAGUCCGAGAUCAAGACCAUACACAAGAUCACGGACUAGGUCAAGGUCACGUUCUCGCCCAAGGUACAGAUCUUACACAAGGUCAAGAUCUCGAUCGUUCUCACGCUCUCCACGAUAUUCCAGAUCUCGAUCAAGGAGUCCAUAUAGGCGUCGCUCUCCGUAUUAUCGCAGAUCUCGAUCGACAUCACGUCCACGGUCACCACUUAGGGCUUCACCAAGAAGACUUCCUCCUCCUGUGGGACGCAACCGCUGGUCCCCUCCACCAUUCCGCAGUUACAGAGAACCAGAGGCUCCUCCUCCACCCCCGGGAGAGACUGGACCUCCGCCAUUGAUGGGACUUCCCAUGAGGCGAUUCUCACCACCACCACCACCACCAGACAGAUAUGGAUACAACCCUUAUGCUGAUCGAAUGCCACCGGAUCAAUUUUAUGAUAACUUUAAUCAUCGACCAUUUGAAGACAAUUAUAAUGAAUUCUUCAGGUUUGGGAUGGGUCCACCUCCAGGAGGAAUGCCAAAUUAUGAUGGAGGUGGCUAUAUGGGUAACAUGACUCGAGACCCACGGGCCAAGUCUCCACGCAGGAGGGGUAGGAGUCCAGCCAGGGGGGGUAGGGGCAGACGCAACAACAGAAACCCUGAUUUCAGGAGAGAAAGGAAUCCAGACUAUGGAAAUCUGGAGUUUGAAAACCAGGAUCAGCAAGAUUUCAAGAAAGGUAAUCGAUCCCAGGAAUUUAAUAAACGAGAUGAAAAUUCUCAGGAGGGUAAGUCAACUGAUAAGCGUCGUGAUUUGAACAGAAAAACAAGGGACAAAGGAAAAAGGGAUGAGAAGAAGGAUAAGAAAGAUGGAAAAGAUGACAAAGAUAAAGAUAAAGAUAAUAAGGAGAAUGCAGAUGGCAAAGCAAAGAGGGAUGUUGUUAGGAAAGAGAAAGAAUCUCGUCCAAAAAGUGUUGAUCAGAAGGAGGUUAAAAAGGUGAAAAAGAAGCCUUGGAAAGAUGGAUCUGACAGUGAUUCAGCAGUAGCUGGGCAAAACAGAACCAAGAAAAGUAAUCUUAUUGAAAUCAAAAUUGAAGCCUCUAUUCCAGAGGAUCCUGAAAAAUCAAAUAGUAGAGAGAGUAGUAAGAGUCAGAAAGAACCAGUACCCAAGAAAUCUGAAAAAAGCAAGUCUGAUAAUGAGAAGUCUGUGAGCAAGAAAAUAGGUAGUUUGAAGACAAAGGUGGUGAAAAGGCCAGAGAGAACAGGCUCUGCAAAAGAGAAAUCUGAACCUGAAAAACCACGGAGAAUAAAAACAGAGAAGCCUGGAACUGACAGUGGCAAUCAAUCGGACAAUAUGCCAGGUAAAUUAAGAGUUAAAACCAAGAAAAAGAAAUUGUCAAAGCCAUCAUCUGGGCCUGAGUCAGAAGGAAAUGGCAAGUCUGAUGGAUCAGCAGAGAAAAUGAAGAAGAAGAGAAUGACACCAGACAUCCCGGAGGACAUACCAGAGGAGGACCUUGACAGCCCAGCCAAACGGAUGAAACUGGAUGAAGAUGUGAAGGAUUCUCAGAGUGAGCAGCAGUUGUCCGUCCAACGAAGUCACCCCGGGAUGAGGAGAUGGUGCCUGCUGUAGAGCUGUCCAAGUGGGAGCGGGAGGACUAUGAGGAGCACUCUGCUAGUCCAGCCAGGAAGGUCAAGCGAAGCAAUGAAAGGAAGCCCUUACCAAAAUCUGUAAUCGAGAGUGCUGAAAAAGUUUUGUCCCAGAAACCAAUGCGACCAACUUCUGUGGCUUCAGCUGUGUCAGCACCAGUUGCAUCAAAACCACACCGGCGUGUGUAUCUGGAGGAUGAACCAAAGGCAUCUGAUGAUGACGACCGUAAAGUCAUGAAUAAACAGAAAUCAAUAGAAAUCACAAUAUCUCAGGCAGAGAAGGGUGAUGGGAGAACCAAGCCUGACCGAAGGGAUCGGGAGGAUCGCAGGGUAGAUAGGAAGUCUAGUGUUACCCAAUUGCGGUCAGAUGACGAGAGGAAGGGUUCUAGAAAUGGUUCAACUGGGAGUAUUAAGGACAGGCUCGGGAAGCGGGAAGGGACUCAUUAUGAUAAGGGAAGUGGGGAUAGAAAUCGGCGUCAGUUGGAGAGGACCAACAGCAGAGAGGAAGAACAGGGUAGGGGGAGGGAAGGGCGACAGGGAGGUGAUACGUAGAGACAGUCGGGACUCCAGGGCCCAGGGUGCUAGUCAGGAGAGGUCAGAACAUCGGACAAAAGAUGUUGGACAAGAUUCUGAAAAAGAUGGGAAAUCUGAGAAGGGUGGCAAACUUGCUGAUCGUAAAGAAUCUAUGAUUGACGAGGCAACGUUUGAACCAGAUUAUGACGAAGCUGACACUGAUUCUGAUAAUGCAUCGUCAGGAGAGGAUCAGGCAAAGAAUGCAGAGGAGAGCGGGAAUGACUCCUCGAAUGAUGAUGACGACGAGGACGAUGACAGCAGCCCGUCAAAGAAAAAGAACAGAGAUGGAGAAGAUAAAAAGCAUAAGAAAAGCAAACAUAAGAAACAUAAGCACAAACAUAAGCAUAAGCACAAACAUAAGAAAAGGAAACACAAGAAACAUAAGGAAGGGAAAGAAAAAGAAAAGUAAAUAUUACAAUAUCCACAAAGGUGAUAUGAAAACGUGAUUGUUGACAAACUGAUUGUGAAAAGGUUGAGUUUAUAGAUUUAAUGAAAACAUGGAGGAAUUGUAAUUUAAAACUCAAAUGAAUUUGAUUUGAGGAUGGGAUGAAUUAAAUUAUGAAUUGUGUUCCAUAUGUGCUAUUGAUUGAAGCGUUCAUAAAAUCUUUGCCAAGGGUGCAUUACCAAUACAUCAAGUAAUAUUUAGGUUUGAAUCCAGAUAAUGCAUAUGUCACUUUAAGAAAACUUGCAUCACUUGUGAAAGUGGAAUGUUGUUCACUCUGCUUUGUUCAUGCUUGCACUUCAAAACUAAUGAGAAUCAUGAUUGUGCAGAAAGCAAAAAAUGUAGUCAUAUUUGAAGAAUCUUUGUGAAGGCUUUGCAUAUAAAUUCACGUAUUAUAAAAUAACACACUGUUACAUACUUUCGUUCACAUACUUAUCGAGUAUGUUGAGGAAAUAAUAUGUUGGGGGAAAAUGUAAAUGAAUUUGUUCACAGGUAAGUAAAUCUAAAUAUGGGUAAAGUAGAUCAACACUUUAGUUCGUUUUGUUUUCAAUGAAAGGUGAACUGCAACAUUUCUUCCCAGUAUCCCUUUCAGGCUUGGUUAAGUUGGUCAAUUCUAAUUUAGAAGAUUGAAAUGUUUGGUGACAAAAUAGUCCUAUAUUUAUUUCAUUCGACAUGACUGAUUAACAUCCUGUUCCAUUGAACACUACCUGUUCAAAUUAGGAUUUAAAAAGCUUCACUAUAGUAUUAAUUUUGGUGCAUUUUUUCAAUAUAGCAUAUAUUUAUUUGUAUUGAGAAGUUUGAUUUUUGCUUACGUUUUGUACAGAGAGUAUUACUUUAAAAUGGAAUAUAUAUAUUUUGUAAAUAUUUGAAAGGCAGAUCGUGUUCAGAGAGAUGUGUAAAUAUCUGAGUGUGAGAUAUGCUUGGAUUGUAUGUAACUCCAGAGAGGACAAUAAAAGAGAGGUGAUCUUUUAAAAA